CACUAAAAGUUGUCUGCCAAGUGGGUUCCGCCCUCCCUGACUGUAGAGUCUUCUAGAAGUCGCCAGUGUGCGGCUUGCAUCUGUAGAUUUACAUUGUAAAACUCGUCGUUUUAUCUCGUAAACACUUGCUAAGUCUUCUGGCCCCUCAGUCAACAUGUCCACUUUGGGGACACUAGCUUUCGACGAGUAUGGAAGACCUUUCAUUAUCAUUAAGGACCAAGAUACGAAGACACGAUUAACCGGCAUUGAUGCAUUGAAGUCUCACAUUAUGGCAGCAAAGGCAGUUGCGUCAACACUUAAAACAUCUUUGGGACCUAAUGGUCUUGACAAGAUGAUGGUUGACAGCGAUGGAGAAGUGACUGUCACCAACGAUGGGGCCACUAUUCUCAGCAUGAUGGAUGUGGACCACCAGAUUGCCAAGCUUAUGGUGGAGCUGUCCAAGUCCCAGGAUGAUGAGAUUGGUGAUGGAACCACUGGAGUUGUUGUGCUGGCUGGGGCUCUGCUUGAGCAGGCUGAACAGCUGCUGGAUCGUGGAAUCCACCCCAUCCGGAUCUCUGAUGGUUACGACCAGGCUGCAUGCGUCGCUAUUGAGCAGCUGGACAAAAUUUCAGAAACCUUCCCCUGUGAUCCCAACAACACAGAACCGCUCAUUCAGACUGCCAUGACAACACUGGGAUCGAAAGUUAUCAACCGGUGCCACAGACAGAUGGCAGAGAUUGCAGUGAAUGCAAUCCUCACUGUGGUUGACAUGGAGAGGAAGGAUGUCGACUUUGAGCUUAUCAAGAUGGAGGGCAAGGUUGGAGGCAAGCUGGAGGACACACAGCUCGUCAAGGGAGUCAUAGUUGACAAGGAGUUCAGCCAUCCUCAGAUGCCUAAGAUUUUGAAAGAUGUUAAAAUGGCCAUCCUCACCUGCCCGUUUGAGCCUCCCAAGCCAAAGACCAAGCAUAAGUUGGAUGUGACCUCUGUGGAGGACUACAAAGCACUCCAGAAAUAUGAAAAGGAGAAGUUUGAAGAGAUGAUCCAGAUGGUCAAAAAGAAUGGUGCUAAUUUGGCCAUAUGCCAGUGGGGCUUUGAUGAUGAAGCCAACCACCUUCUGCUACAGAACGAGCUUCCUGCUGUGCGCUGGGUCGGCGGUCCUGAAAUCGAGUUGAUCGCCAUAGCCACAGGAGGCCGCAUCGUGCCAAGGUUCUGUGAGCUGACACCAGAGAAGCUUGGCACAGCUGGUGUGGUGAAGGAGAUCUCCUUUGGUACUACAAAGGACCGCAUGCUGGUUAUCCAGGAGUGCAAAAACACCAGGGCUGUCACCAUUUUCAUUCGUGGAGGCAAUAAAAUGAUAAUUGAGGAGGCCAAGCGUGCACUCCAUGAUGCUCUGUGUGUAAUUCGCAACCUGGUCAGAGACAACCGUGUUGUGUAUGGUGGCGGAGCUUCAGAGAUCGCGUGUGCUCUGGCUGUCAACCUGGCUGCAGAUAAGUGCCCAUCAUUGGAGCAGUAUGCCAUGAGGUCAUUUGCAGAUGCUCUAGAGGUGAUCCCAAUGGCACUGGCUGAGAACAGUGGGAUGAACUCUAUCCAGACCAUGACGGAGAUCAGAGCCAGACAGGUCAAAGAGAACAACCCCUUCCUCGGCAUCGACUGCCUGCGCAACAACACCAAUGACAUGAAGCAGCAACAUGUGAUCGAGACCCUGAUUGGCAAGAAGCAGCAGAUCUUGCUGGCUACUCAGGUAGUUAAGAUGAUCCUAAAGAUUGAUGACAUUCGAAGCCCAGGACAGAGUGAGGACUGAAACUCUCCAAAACACCAAGAUGUCUGUGCUCAUCUAGAGGUUUUUGGCACGUCCCAAAUCCAUGUUCAAACCACACUGCAUAUUGCUAUUUAUCACUUGAAUCAAAAUGUUCAGACUGUUGUAGUAUCACCAUUAAAAAGCUGGUCUGUUGAAA